GUACAGUGAGGUGGGACACAACGGGGACUGUUGACAGAAACACGGCGUCAGAGACGCUGUUACCUGUACGUCGGCGACUUUGAUAUCAGACAGCUCGAGUCGCCAUGACGACGGAGAAGUUAACGAUGCAUGCAUUGAAGCAGAAUGACAACGUCCACCCCACCUUCAGAGCUUCGACGUCGGGUGCGGGAAGUAAAGAGCUGCCUCGUCAAAUGUCCCGAUCGGAGCUGGAUGUCCAACCCAAGAGAAGAAGCCGCGCCAUCAGUAACAGCGAGAGCUCCACCAAAUCUGUGGCACAAUCUACAAAACCGAAGAUGUCCAUCUUCAAGCUGGUAGCUGCGACGCGGGCUUGGCACAAACUCGCCACCAAGAACAGCAAGUCCCGGAGUUCGGAAAAACCGCCUCCCAAGCUGGAGAACACAUUCAGGCUGGAACCGGAUGAACGGAAGAGGUUUAUGCCCCGCAAGGUCGAGAAGCUCUUGGCUGACGUCCUUGCCGCGAGGCUAGACAAGGUUACGUACGACCCACGCACGUGUAGGGAGAUCACAACAGAUAUAUCGACUCAUAUCAAGGCCAGGGUGAAGGCGAUGGACUUCCCGCGAUAUAAGAUCGUCAGUAAUGUUAUCAUCAUGGAGAACAAAGGUCAAGGGGCAGAGGUCGCCAGCAGGUGCGUGUGGGAUGCCAAUUCAGACUCAUUCGCCACCCACACAUACAGGAACCACUCUCUAGUAGCUAUUGCAUAUGUCCAUGGAGUUUACUAUGAAUGAAGGCAAUAUAUGUCACUGACUGAAAUUUGGAUGCCUUAAAUCCUGCCACAACUAAACCAACUCCUGAAACAAUGAGGUCAAGGUUAAGGUCAUGGAACUCUUUUUAGCAGUAUUGGAUACGAACGUUUGAGACAGGUUCUGGAACAACCUUGCACAUGAGUUCAUGGUUGGACAUAAAUUUGUUAGAUUUUACCAAGACAUCUGAUUGUUGGUAUAUGAUUCUACAAUUGUAUUAUAUGACUUUGCGAAAAGUAUUCCCAUUUUCAUCACCCGAAAUGCCAACAAGGCAAAACCUCAACUCCACCUCCACAUUCCCUAUGAAAUGGCGAGCACUUAUUUAGCUGACUGUAUGUUGAGACUGGGUACAAAGACUGGCUAUUUCAGUGAACUGCGUUUACGACAAACACGCUUCUAACGAACUGGAGAAUAGAACGAACUGUCGAAUAUAACGAACUGCUUUUUCGGUCCCGGGCACCUGCUGUGUAUGUUGGUCGAGAUACUUAUCGCCGUAGUUUACUGAACACCACUUUUAUUUAUAAGCCACAAAAACCUUGCCAUAAUCUUAGACACAGAAUAGGAAGAUAAAAAUACAUCUCACGAGAAACGUUUACGCAAGAUAUGGUGACUAUUCACAGAUUAUGAACUCAUGAGAUGCAGUAUAUGACAAGACUUACAUUCAACCCCACAGCCCAGACGCAUAAAGCAAUUUUAGCGCUAGAAUUCUUUUAACUCUUAAACUGCAUACUAACACCGCUCAUGGCGCUAAGAUAGCUUUCUGCAGAUGGGUCUUGAUCUGCUCCUUGCUGGAGACAAGACUGAAAUAUGGAUAUUCAGUGACGCGUUUACAUACAAGCUGGCGUGCAACUGUACUCAUGGGGUUAAACUUUCAUGUUUUCUUAUUGUCUUUUGUUACGAUCAGGCGUUAAAACAUCCUGCUGCAUCUCGCAACAUCGUCCUCCGUGAGUCCGUAGAAAAAGCGGAAGCCUUAUCGUUUAUUCCAGAAAUGCUUGUAAAAGUGAAACUAUAUUUGCCUGUAGCUUGAUAAAAAUCAUAAUUGAC